UUCCAUUCUCUCUCCUCCAUCUUCCGGUUGCCUCGCUAUCCUCUCCACCUCUCCCACCACCACCCAAGCAGCCAAGGCGGAGGAGGGGAGCCGGCCGGCGACGCGCGCGCCACCAUCCCAGCGACGAUGCCGCAGCUGAGCCUGACCACCAACGUGCCCGUCGACGCCGUCGUCGCCGCCGACAUCAUCAAGGACUGCUCCAAGGCGCUCGCCAGGAUCAUCGGCAAGCCCGAAUCCUACGUCAUGGUGUCGAUCAGCGGGUCGGUGCCCAUGUCGUUCGCCGCCAGCGAGGAGCCGGCGGCCUACGGCGAGCUCAUGUCCAUUGGCGGCAUCGGCCCCGGCGUCAACGGAAAGCUGAGCGCCGCUCUCGCCGAGAUCCUCGAGACCAAGCUCUCCGUCAGCAGGUCUAGGUUCUACGUCAAAUUUGACGAUGUCAAGGGAUUCAAUUUGGGGUUCAAUGGGUCGACAUUCUGAGGCCAAGUCCGUCAAAAGUUGGAUUGCUGCGUCGAAUCAAUAAAAUUCUAAGGCUAAAUGUUACAUGUCAUGUGUAUCAUUCCGUUGCACUUUCGACAUCAUCCAUGAAUGUGUUUCGUUUAUGUGAGAGACCGAACUUUGCCUGCUUUAUUUCAAUCAAAAAUAGCAUCGAAGUCUGUUUGCUGAAAACUCA